GAGGGGCUCGGAGGCGCGGCUCGUCGUGCGGGCUGACUCCGGGCGCCCCGGCGGUCACCAUGCUCGGCGUGGUGCACUUCCUACGGAGCUUCUUCAAGACUCCAGAGCCAGGUGCACACCAGCCAGGUGAAGGUGAGAUUGAAGAUAACCAGCUCCCCUCGCACCCUGCAGAGCCAGAGAAGCAGGGGGGGAGCCAGGAAACUGACCACGAUGAUUGUGAGACGUUGUCCCACCAGAGUGAAAGUCGAUCAGACACAAAAACUGAUCCCUUUGAAAGUGCCUCCGACACAGAGUCCUUAUCUGGGGACCUCCCAGGGGGAGUCUGUUUCUCUCCAAGCGGGUCCUCUGUGGACAGAGAAGCAUGCUGGAGAGGCCCUGAAGCCCUGGCAGCUGGACCUCCUCAGGAGCAGCAUUUGACCCAUGACCCUGGGCUUAAUGCAGAGAAAGAACUAGAUUUGCCCCCUGGCUUAACAGAAGAGUUUUACAAAAAUGAGCCACAAGUCUGCACUGUAAUCACAGGAGAAGAGGAGGCAACACACCUUUGGGGCUGCACAGCCAGCCUGGAGUUAGAGUCACGGCCAGCAGGGGACCCUCCCCAUGCAAGGUGCUGCUCACCGGGUCCCACAGGCAGCAGCAGUCUCCACCUGGCACAGGGGGUGACUUCCAAAGCCCGCAGGGAACUCUCUGGUGUUUCUCUUCAGAAAUCCAGGUCUGAGAGCUACCUCAGCAUCCCAGUGGUCAGGCCUUUCCUUUUCUGGUGCUGUGAACUGGGUCAGAGUUGGCCCCAUAUUCACAACAGGGCCGGGGCUCCCGUGCUGUCUUGCAGAGACGUGCUGGACAACUCAGCCCCCCUAGGGGCCAGAACAAAGACGGGAGAUACUCCAGGCCCUGCAAUGGACACAGACUUGUUCUGGCCCCAGCCCUGCUUUGAUGCCCCCUGCCAACCUCCGUUAGGGACGUCUUGCCUCCUAUAUGCCAAGCGUCACAGUAGUACCCCAGAAGAUGUCGGUGAUGAGGGCAGGGUAACCCUAGGGCACGGCUCUCGGCACAUGAAGACUCUGUUCAGGGCCCAUUCCGUAACAGGGCUUCCCUUCGCUUACCCUGAGGAUCCUGUGGGACAGAACUUUGUGAAGUCUGGCACCCAUUUGAAGGAAGGGACAGAAAAUGAACAAGAUCCAAGAAUACAAAACACCCUUUCUUCCGUGUCCACUCGACCGACUCAUUUGCUUCCUGCUUCUCAAAGUCGCAGCCCUUCUUUGCAAGAUCUGUUCAACGAAUCCACUGGUUUCAGCUUGAAAAAGUCCUCUCAGGACACGUCCCCUUCAGGUCCUGGGCAGGAAGACCCACUGGGACAGGAUUCUGGGUCAUGCCCAGUUGCUUUGCGCCUUACUUCAGAGCUGGGGAAGCUCGGCAUGGAGGCGGCGCCAGGGCCUGCCAAGUGCCAGCUGGAGCGCUGCCAGGAAAGCAGACCCGGGGAGUGCCCAGGCCCUCGCCCCGCACAGAGUGCUGCUGAUGUCAGAGACAAACAGAAGCACCUUCAGGACAUUUCUGUCCGGGCAGGAAACCAAACCAGUAAUUACACAUCAAAGUGUGUUCGCAGUGAGAAGAGAAGGCUAUCCGCUGGGGCCACGUUCCCACAGCAGCCUGGCACUGAGGGGACACAGGUGUGGGACAGUGUCCUGAUGGGCUGCCCCCAAUUGAACACGAGUUCAGAUGCCCCAGAGAGUGCCUUGAAAUCAGGGGCCAGAGACACUUCAGGGGAAGCUGGAGAAGCUGCGGUUCUAGGCCCAGAUGGCGGGAAGGAUGCUUUGCAGGGUCUUUCAGAGUCCAGAGCCAGCUGGGCCUCUAGUGGCAGGUGCACACUUAUCAUUAUAGCUGUGGAGCAGAAAGGCCUCCAGGUCCCCAAGAAGAAAGGGGGUCCCCUUCCAGAAAUGCUGGGAGCUGGUGAUGGGGCGCUUCAGCUGGUGGCCCAAGCCACAAAGCCAGGAAAAGUUCUGGUUCUCCCAGCUGCUUCUGAAGAAGCUCUGAGCACAGAACAACCCUCGGAAGAGAAGCUGCCUGGAGAGAGCCUGAGCCCGGGGCCUGAGGGCUCACACAAGGCAGAGGGCCUGCACCCCGCUAGCAGCUGGGGCCACCAGUGUCCACACUGCAGGCGAGGGGAGCGCAGUGCAGGCGGCCCAGCCAGCCGGGCCCCGGAGGGCGAUGCUGCUGGAGCCACAGAGAAGGGCCCUCAGGAGCACUUGCUGCUUCCCAAGGUGACCCCCUGCAGAGGAGGCAGGCCUUCAGUUGCUGAGAGCCAGAGACUGGAGCACAGCAGCCGGGGCUCUUCUAGCUCCCAGGAGGUCCACACCAAGAGCCCAACGGGGAUGGAGCCGUCUCCCUGCUUCGUGGACUGGGUCACUCCUCCCAAGAGCAGCCCCCGGGGCUCAAGCGCAGGGGCCACUGGGCUGGUAGAAGGAGGGGAUGUAGGGACACGGCGGGAGCUCCAUAGCAGAAGACCUUCCACAGAAAGCUGCAGCGCAAAGAGACUCAAAACAACAGAGAAAAGGCUCAGAGCAAGGUUGGCCUUAGCUCAUAAGACCUUUUCAAAUUUUUUUGAGUCAAAAGUUUUAGAGAAAGAGAAGAGUGAUGAAUGUUCCUCAAGUUCUUCCAAAGGCCAGGGGAAGAGCAGGCUGCGCCAGAGCUCCUGGCGUGCAUUUCUGAAGGGCAAAGAUGCAGAAAGCCCCAAGAGGCCCUCCCCAGUGAAUCUGCUUCUAGGACAAGAAAUUCCUGCCCCACCAGUGACCGACAGUCACUGCGAGGUGUGGACCGAGGACAAGGAGGACUGUGUUUUUAGCCACCACUGGGCACCCCCACGUCCCGCCACACCUUUGUCCUCCAGGAGAUUGGUCUCUCCAGAACAUAGGAGGAGAAGUGAGCCAUCUAUCAAAUGCACAGCCCCCCCAGAAGGUGGUAGGUACCUAGCUUCAGGUAUCUUUCCUGAAACGCCCUGGCCGCCUUCCCCCUCCAGCCCUCAAGCCCCACAGACAGGCGUCCACCGCACCCUACCCUCCAGCUCUGCCUGCUGCUUGACACUCGAUGUCCCAGACACACCCUGCAGGCCCCUGAGCCCCAAGCCCCUGAGCCCCAGGCCUGGUGCUCUGGGCACAGGUCUCCACUACCCCGGCAGGGCCAGUGCCAUCUCCAUGGUUUCUCUUGGAAGCUGCAGCGAUAUGGACAGCAGUUCAGGGACCCCUCAAGGACCCAAGAUUUCCAAGGCCCGGACAAGCCUCCUGCUUUCUCUGCAGAUGCUAAACCAGGAUGACUGGAAGGAAGACAGCAGGACACGAGGCCAGCGUUCUUGCGGCCUGAGCCCAGCGCCUUGGCUCAGGGACCUUCCUGGCAGUGAGAGCCACAUGUCCUGGGAGGACCCACCAGGCGAGAAGUCCUGUCUCUCCCAUGGCCAGAAAGCUUUCCACACUGGGCCAGCUCAGGGGUCCUGCCCCACCACUGGCAGGGUGACACAGACCCUCCCCAGGGAGGCUCCUUCACUGCCUGGGAGCAUCCCUCGCCGCCCUCCCAUCAGCUUGGAUGACCUGUGGCUGGAGAAGACGCAGAGAAAGAAGUUGGAGAAUCAGUCCCAGGCUGAACGGAGAAUGCCCACAGGGGCAGGGCACAGUGACGGAGUGACAUGCUGGAGGAAGAUGGUCAUCAUCUCUCCAGAGUCUUUGAACCUCUGUAGAAGAAACUGUCCGCUCUCCCGAAGUGCCCCUACAGGACUGAACUCGGGCUGGGCAGAGCACACCCUCAACACUGCUAUGCCUGACGGAGCUCUGGACUCGGCCAUGCGUGCUGACGAGGCAGGGAGCGAGGAAGACCUGUAUGAGGACCUGCACGGCUCUGGCCACCACUACAGCCACCCUGGAGGGGGCGGCGAGCAGCUGGCCAUCAAUGAGCUUCUCAGUGAUGGCAGUGUGGUCUGUGCUGAAGCGCUCUGGGACCAUGUCACCAUGGACGACCAGGAACUGGGCUUCAAAGCUGGGGACGUCAUAGAAGUGAUGGAUGCCACCAACAGAGAGUGGUGGUGGGGCCGAGUCGCUGAUGGCGAAGGGUGGUUUCCAGCCAGCUUUGUGCGGCUGCGGGUGAACCAGGAUGAGCCCGCGGACGACGAAGCCCCGCGGGCCGGGGACGGCGGGGCCGGGGACGGCGGAGCGGAGGCGCAGAGCAGCAAGGACCAGAUGCGCACCAACGUCAUCAACGAGAUCCUCAGCACCGAGCGAGACUACAUCAAACACCUGCGCGACAUCUGCGAGGGCUACCUCCGGCAGUGCCGCAAGCGCGCGGACAUGUUCAGCGAGGAGCAGCUGCGCACCAUCUUCGGGAACAUCGAGGACAUCUACCGCUGCCAGAAGGCGUUCGUGAGGGCCCUGGAGCAGAAGUUCAACCGGGAACGUCCACACCUGAGCGAGCUGGGCGCCUGCUUUCUGGAGCACCAAGCAGACUUCCAGAUCUACUCCGAGUAUUGCAACAACCACCCGAACGCCUGUGUGGAACUCUCACGGCUCACCAAGCUCAGCAAGUAUGUGUACUUCUUCGAGGCCUGCCGGCUGCUGCAGAAGAUGAUCGAUAUCUCCUUGGAUGGCUUCCUGCUGACCCCAGUGCAGAAGAUCUGCAAAUACCCUCUGCAGCUGGCUGAGCUGCUCAAGUAUACGCACCCCCAGCACAGGGACUUUAAGGACGUGGAAGCUGCUUUGCAUGCCAUGAAGAACGUGGCCCAGCUCAUCAAUGAACGGAAACGGAGACUUGAAAACAUUGACAAGAUUGCUCAGUGGCAGAGCUCCAUCGAAGACUGGGAGGGGGAAGAUCUUUUGGUCAGGAGCUCAGAACUCAUCUACUCGGGGGAGCUGACUCGAGUUACACAGCCUCAAGCUAAGAGCCAGCAGAGAAUGUUCUUUCUCUUUGACCACCAGCUUAUCUACUGUAAGAAGGACCUGCUUCGCCGGGAUGUGCUGUACUACAAGGGCCGGCUAGACAUGGAUGGCCUGGAAGUGGUAGACCUGGAGGAUGGGAAGGACAGAGACCUUCAUGUGAGCAUCAAGAAUGCCUUCAGGCUGCACUGUGGCACCACGGGGGACAGCCACCUGCUGUGCACCAGGAAGCCCGAGCAGAAGCAGCGCUGGCUCAAGGCCUUUGCCAGGGAAAGGGAGCAGGUGCGGCUGGACCAGGAGACAGGCUUCUCCAUCACUGAGCUGCAGAGGAAGCAGGCCAUGCUGAAUGCCAGCAAGCAGGCCACAGGGAAGCCCAAGACCAUCGGCCGGCCCUGUUAUCUGACUCGUCAGAAGCACCCGGCGCUGCCCAGUAGCCGGCCCCAGCCACAGGUCCUGGUGCUGGCGGAGCCACGGCGGAAGCCAUCUACCUUCUGGCACAGCAUCAGCCGGCUGGCACCCUUCCGCAAGUGAGCUAGGGUUCACCGAUAGCUCUCGGGAUCCUGCCCACCAGUGGUCCCCAGCUUUUCCUCCCUGUGGCCCACUGCACCUGGCCCUUCUCUGCCUGGUCUACAAACUGGAAAUUGUCAGGGCUGAGCACGGGAGUCAACUAAUGCCACCAGGGGACAAAACAUGCCAGGUCUGUGCUCCCAUUGUUGGAUUUUUCCCUGUUCCUGGACAGUUGAGAAGGCCAGUUAGGGGCAGCAGGGCCCCACAUGUGCCAUCCCUUCCUGCUCUCUGGACCUGUGCAGGACACCUGCUGCCCAUGUGCCAAGGAACCACAGCUCAAAGCCAACAACUGGGCUGACUUCUAUGGAGGCUCUUUGGAAAGCUAAUCUUCCCUUCGCCCAUUUUCUUUGGGCAGGAGUACCAGCUCUGGCCUUUGGUGGCCCACGAGGCCUGGCCAUGUGCUCCUCUGCUCUCCAGUUUUCCUCUUGGGCCCUCAGCCUCAGUUCAGCCAGUGGCUCCAGGCAUAUUGUAAGCUUAAGGUGGGAACCAGGAAUUCUGUGCCGCAGUGGUUGGGCCAGAGCCUGCCCUUCUGCAUUCCAGCCCCGGCAGCCCCUCCCUAGAUGCUGGUGGCCACCCUCUUCCCUUGUGAUGUGUGUUUGUGGUGGGAAGAGCCAGCUGUGCACCAUGACCUGGGUGUCGAGCAGCCCACCUAUAGCUGUGGGUGGCUCUACGGCCACCUGGUUCUUGUUUUUUUUUUGUUUCAAUUUUGUUGUCUUGUUUUUCUAACAAUGGAGAAAAAGAAUUGAUUCUUAUUAGUGACAGAGAAGAUUGCCUUACCCUAGUGAGUGUGAAAAGCCAUAAGGAUUUAAGGCUGUGGCCCAGCAUCCAGAACUGAGAACUGACCCAGUGCCCCAGGUGACAGGCGCUUGCAGCACGCCCCCCAUCCCGCCCAGGGUGUCAGCUGUCAGUGCAGAGGCCACAGGACCCAGCAGCAUGGAUAGUCACUCUUGCACUAUUACCUUCUCCAAGCCAGAAACCACAUUUAAUUUCAUAAAGAAACUUAUGAAAAUUAACGCGCCUA